AUGUCGCCACCGACGCAGAAGCCCUUGAAAUCGCCUAAGAAGCACUUGCAGUCUUGGAAGAACCGGUUGGCUGGCCAUAGCGGCGCGGACCAUCCGAGUAAGCAGGAUUCCCCGUCGCGCCGGGCCACGAUCUCCGGCAUGAGUCCGCAAAUCUCCCAACAGCGGAUUCGGUCUUCCAGCUGGGCCAGUUUGCCGCCCGACAAUUUCCACCCGAUCCACGUGCCUACCGACAAGGCGUAUUAUGCGGCGCCCACGGGUGGUUACGACCCGAGCCAGGUGAUGGCUAGCUCGGCACCGGCGGACGGAACGUCGGGAACAAUGACGAUGUCGGACUGGGAGUUCGUGCUCAGCGACAUGGACCGCGGAUACUCAAACAUCUUCACCGGCAUUUACGGCGGAAAGGAAUGUGGAGAAGACAGCGGACCGUUCGCGUCGUUGACCGCCGAGUACGGACAGAAACCGGAUUCCCGCGGCGUGCCGCUAGCUGCACCGCCAGGGGACGUUCAGGGACUGUCGCCCGAGGCCUGGUCGGCCACCAGCGGCAGUGACAUACCGCCCAACCAGGACGUGGUGGCGCAAAGCGUGCUCAGCUACUCGGACGAGAGCAUGGGCAGCGCGGAGGACGGCGUGGGGUACCACGACAUGCGGCUGUCUCCGGAGGACCAGGCCACUUUAUUAGAUCCGUUCCGGGCGGUCAUGAUGCCGGCGGUGGAAGACGAGGUGGACGACUUUGGUCUGGGCGGAUGGGAUCGGCGACUGGCCGUUUAA